AUGGCGGUCAGCAGCAUCCUAGGCCGCCCGUCACGGAGCAGUCGGGUGCGAGGUCGGAAUGACAGCGGGGAGGAGAACGUGCCGCUGGAUCUUUCCAGAGAUCCUGCAGAGAACCUUCGUGAAAUCCUUCAGAACGUUGCAAAGCAGCAAGGAGUCUCCAACAUGCGCAAGCUUGGUCACCUGAACAACUUUGUAAAGCUUCUCUGCAGCGUUGGACACUCAGAGGAGAAGCUUGGCUUUACAUAUGAGGAGAUGAUUAUUUGUCUGCGGUUAGCGUUGUUGAACGAGGCCAAGGAAGUGCGUGCAGCUGGAUUACGGGCUCUGCGUUACCUGAUCAGAGACAGCAGCGUACUAGAGAAAGUGCUUGGACUGCAGGUGGACUAUCUGAUUGCAAGGUGCAUUGAUAUCCAGCAAAGUAAUGAGAUUGAAAGAACACAGGCUCUCAGACUGGCACGCAAGAUGAUCACUGUGAAUGCGCUGCUCUUCCCCUCCUCUGUCACCAACUCCCUCAUUGCCGUGGGCAACGAUGGGCUGCAUGAACGAGAUCGUAUGGUGCGGGCCUGCAUUGCCAUAAUCUGUGAGCUCUCCUUGAAGAACCCUGUUGUGGUGGCGCAGCGAGGCGGUCUCAGCACCAUUCUGAAGAGCGUGACCGACUGUCAGCUGAGUCGCAUCAAUGAAGCUCUCAUCACCACCAUCCUGCACCUCCUCAACCACCCUCACACCAGGCAGUACGUCCGCUCUGACGUUGAACUGGAGCAAAUCCUAGCCCCAUACACAGACUUCCACUACAGGCACAGUCCUGACAUAGCAGAGGGGCAGCUCAAGGAGGAUAGGGAGGCUCGAUUCAUGGCUACUAAAAUGUCUAUAGUUGCCUCAUUUCGCUCCUGGUCAGGCAUCAUUAACCUCUGCAAGUCAGGCAACUCUGGCAUCCAGUCUCUUAUUGGCUUACUCUGUAUACCAAAUAUGGAAGUGCGGAAAGGUUUGUUGGAGGUGUUGUAUGACAUCUUCCAGCUUGUCAUACCUGUAGCCACUGCAGACUUCAAUGAAGCACUUAUUAGUGUAGACCCCAGUAGGUUUCAGGACAGCUGGAGGUUGUCUGAUGGAUUUGUGGCUUCCGAGGCAAAAACAAUUCUCCCACAUCGAUCAUGUUCAAGGCCGGACUUGAUGGACAACUACCUGGCUCUCGUGCUUUCUGCCUUCAUCAAAAGUGGUCUACUAGAGGGUCUGGUCGAGGUGAUCACGAGCAGCGAUGAUGCCCUAUCUAUACGGGCUACCAUCUUGGUGGGAGAACUUCUCCAUAUGGCCAACACCAUCCUCCCUCACAGCCACAGCCACCACCUGCACUGCUUACCCACCCUCAUGAAUAUGGCUGCUUCCUUUGAUAUCGCUUCUGAGAAGAGACUACGAGCAAGUGCUUCGGUCAACUACCUGAAGUGUUUUCAUGAGAAGAAGAAGCGAGGAGCCAAACCUUACAGUCUCUACUUGGACCACAUCCUCCGCACAUCAGGGGGGUCACACUAUUGUCGAGAGCAGCACUUUAGACCUCAGAGAGACAUUUUCAUUGUUAAGGAAACUGAGGAUGCUCUGGUGACCAACAUGAGAGACAGCCACAUCUUUAACCACAAGGAGAACCUGGACUGGAACUGGUGUCUUAUUGGAACCAUUUUAAAGUGGCCAAAUGUUAGUUUGCGUAGCAAUAGGGAUGAACAAAUGCACAAGUUUGUGCGAAGGCUGCUUUUCUUCUACAAGCCCAGCAGUAAGCUGUAUGGCAGCCUGGAGCUGGAGCAUCCCAAGGCCAGACAGCUCACUGUUGUUGGCUGUCAGUUUGUAGAGUUCCUCCUGGCGUCUGAAGAGGAAGGCCAGGCGUACCUGGAAGACCUGGUAAGGGACAUUGUCCAGUGUCUAUUCUCCUCUGCCGGGCUCAAACCUGACCGCAGUCUGCAGGGCAGUGGGCUGCUAACCACCCUCAGCCAGCAUUACUUCCUCUUCCUGGGCGCCCUGUCAGCCCACCCACAUGGUGUCAAGAUGCUGGAGAAGUGCAGCGUCUUCCAGUGGUUUUUAUCUAUUCCAAAGGGGUUCUCCUAUCUCAGUGAGAGAGGAUAUAUCACUAAACAGAUGGAGAAAUGGCAGAAGGAGUAUAACUUGAAGUAUGUGGACAUGAUAGAGGAGCAGCUUAAUGAAGCCCUCACCACGUACCGCAAGCCUGUUAAUGGAGACAAUUAUGUGCGACGCAGCAACCAAAGGUUACAGAGACCAAACGUUUACCUUCCUGUGCACUUGUAUGGUCAACUGGUUCACGAUAAGACUGGCUGCCAGCUGCUUCAAGCCCAGAAUGUGGUUCCUGAUUUGAGUGACAGUGUUCGCUCUCCUGCCCUGGACAAAUGGGAGGGCAUCAAAAAUCUGAAGGCAGCUCUCUGGGCUUUGGGAAACAUAGGCUCAUCAAACUGGGGUCUGAACUUGCUGCUGGAGGAGGGGGUGAUCCCUGACAUCGUGGCUCUGGCCCACCACUGUGAGGUCCUGUCCAUCAGAGGGGCGUGUCUGUAUGUGCUGGGCCUCAUCAGUAAGACGAAGCAGGGCUGUGAAACACUAAAGCAACAGGGCUGGGACGCUGUAAGACAUAGCCGUAGCAUGCUGUGGCCCAUAGUACCGGAGGAGUUGGAGCCUCAGCCCAGGCCCUACAGCCUGCUGUCCUCUGUUCCUAGUACCCUCAGGCUCAUAGAUUCCACAGGCUCCAGGCACAACAGCGAGAGUGACUCUGUACAACACAGUGCGUAUAUGCUAGAUGAUGAGAGGCUGGAAGGCUGUGACUUCUCAGAGGAGUCUUCUCUGUACGUGUGCCCCAAACUGACGAAGGACAGAAGUCCUCUUACCAUGCUGGCCUCUUCCCGCUUUCGCAACCGCCUUCUACACUCGCUGUCUCUACCUGGGAAGAAGCCUCGUGCCACCCCUUACAUCAAAAGCAGCAACCAAGGCCAAGGAGGAGGGCUGGAUGGAAAACAGGUGCUCAAAUGCACCAGCUACUCAUUUGUAGCCACAGAUGUUUUCCCGAUUUACAACGGCCAUUUGUCUAAAAGCUCUUCAGGUGGUAGAGAGACCUCUCUUGUGGGGAAUAAAGCCAUAGAGAAUGGCGGAAGCAUACCCAGCAUUGGGGAGGGGGAAAUGGAUGGGUCAGGGGUCAGGAACCAGCGUAGCUAUGAACGUUUGGCUGAAGAUGGGCCCUCAGGAGGCGGUGGAGCCCAGUUUAAAAGCCGCAGCCAGAGCUUUAACACAGACACCACCACCAGUGGCAUCAGCUCCAUGAGCUCCAGCCCCUCCAGGGAGACCCUGCCUUCCACCAUAGAUGCUGACUGUGUCAGCCUUAACACUGUGAUAAGCACCCAGACUAUCCAGAACGUGCACUCACUGACACCCCAACCCUGCUCCACACCGCUUUCAAUCCCUAAGUCCUGCUCUGCCUCGCUUGUGCCUCCUGGCUCCUCCCACACUUUGCCCCGCCGAGCCCAGUCCCUCAAGUCCCCCUCAGUGAGCACCCUGAGCAGCCUAGCUGACUACAGCUUGUACUCCAGCUCCAGAGAUGCUUUGGGAUAUGCCACGCUGAAGUACUCAAGCUCCCACAAUGGCUGCACAAGUCCUCGUGAUGCUCUGGGCUACGCCACCCUGAGGAGGCUGCAGCACCAACGGAUCCAGCCGUCCCUGUCGCACAGCGAGGCCUUGGCCUCCCCAGCCAAAGACAUACUCUUCACUGAUGCCAUCACUAUGAAUACAGGCAGCCUGGACUCCAGACUCACUUCACGGAGAUUUUUGAAAGCUCUGAGCUAUGCAUCUCUGGACAAGGAAGACCUGCUGAGUCCAAUCAACCAAACUACACUGCAGCGCUCUUCCUCUGUACGCUCCAUUGUGUCCACUGGCACCUAUGGAUCCUCUGAUGACUAUAUAGGCCUUGCUUUGCCUGUCAAUAUCAACAACAUGUUCCAGAUUAAAGAAACCCCGUAUUUCCAAAAGAGGAUGAGCCCGCCUUCUGAGGACCGCUCUGCUAAAUUCUUCUCUGGAGACUCUGAUGGCCCCAGUGACGGAUGUUGGCCAGCAAGGCUCCGCUCUCAGCUCAGUAUCACAGAGCUGAUGGCGGUGAGCCGGGCAGAGCAGCAGCAGAUGCUGGGCUCAGAGGAGACGGGUCUUCAGGAACACAACGAUAACAACUGCCUGUACUGUGCCGGACUGUCUGUGCUUGGACUCAACUCUCAGAACAACGAGCCAGAUCUGACAGAAGUGCCCCCGUUCUCAGAAUGGCCCAGUUCACCUCCAGCAAACCAUUUGGAGGUCAUGGUCCACGUCAAGCUGUCAGGGGGGUCUGGAUGCAGUGACACUGUGUCCCAGGGAUCUGUGGGUAGUGGCCGCAGCACAGAACUUGUUUUGGGGAUGAAGUCCAUCCCAGAGGACGCGCCGGCCGGCAGGGUCCUGCUGAGGAAGGAGGUGCUUCGUCUGGUCAUCAACCUCAGCUCCUCCGUGGGAACCAAAAACCAUGAGACCAACCUGUUAACUAUCAAGGAGAAGUUCCCCUAUGCGUUUGAUGACGUCUGUCUGUAUUCAGAGGUGUCCUACCUGCUGGCUCACUGCAUGUUCCGCCUGGCCUCACGCCGCUUCAUCCAGGAGCUCUUCCAAGAUGUGCCAUUUGUACCAAUGUAUGAAGAGGCGGAGAGCAUCCUGUCCGUACUGCCACAGAAGUCCUCAUCUCCACAGUCUGACACUUGAUUAACCCUUUCACUUAUCGUCUGCCGGCUGAAGCUCGACAGCCCCAGAGCCCAACUGCGUGUCCCAACCCACCCGUGAACAGUCACCGACCUCCUAACUCACACUCCCUCACUGAAACCCCACAUCCUCUACAGCUCCUCUUUUCAGGGGAAGCAACAGCGUCCAGACAAUGAUCACAUAACAACAUCACGCUGAAUGACCCAACGACGACCUGGUGAUAGCCGCUAAAAGGUUGGUUUUCCUUAUCCACACUUGUGCUGCUGCUACUGUUCAAAACAGAAAACGAAGCUCAGCUUUUCCCCAAAGUGGAUCUCUGACAUGAUACUAAAGAUGAUGUGCCAACACAGUUCCUGUACUUUUGAUAGAACACUAAACGCCUCCUCAUUGUGAGAAAGGACUCGUUUGUUAAGGAUGUUGAUUGGUCUGUUUGCACAUGAUUAGAGAAUAUAAAGCAGAUGGAGUGAAGUCAGACAAUCAUCAAAUUUAACCUUCUGUCUUUAUUAUUCAAGUUACUUUAGCAAUCUUUAGCACUCACAACCUCUGGUGAUCUCAUCAGUACAAACACUGAUAGCAGAGCAAUAAGGUAGCAGUUACUGUAUUCACUCGAGUGUGCCUCAUAAAUAAAAUUUGAAUGCACUUUCAGAGGUUUAUGAACAUCACUGAAUAUGUAAUGUUUUUGCAUAACAACAUUUAUUUAUCAGUAUAACUGAUCACUGCUAGAAACUGCAUUUUCUGACCUUUUAUUAUUUUGUUGCAAGUGUUUUGUUAGAUUUGCACAAAAAAAUCAUAUCAAAUUGCAUUCCUAAAAGAAUAUAAAGAAUUUGAACAUAUCAAAAAAAACAUUUUGAAGACGUUUCCAUACAUGUUGUUUAAUAUCAGCAAGGUUGAGUCUCUUGUUUAACAUUGUGUGCCAUAGUAAGCUGAGCUUUGACAGUUUUUAUCCAGAAUUGUUGUAACUUUGACUAGAGCCUGACCGAUAUGGGAUUUUUGAGACUGAUACUGAUUUUAAUAAAUAAUAAUAAUAAAAAAAAAAUAAUAAUAAUACUAUUAUCAUAAACCCUUUUGGGUUCCCAUGCAUCCUGGAAAACCAGUCAAUUUAGAGACUACUUUUCAAGUCAUGUAUUUUAGCUCCUCACUUAGAUUACCUACGUUGUUGUUGUUGGUUUAAGAACCUGCGUGGUAAGACACUUCAAAGCAAGUUUACCAGAUGUGGAAUGAAUGAGUAUUUUUUGCCGGUGCUACAAGCUCUGUACAUGAACACUGUGUCAUUAAAAAUGAGGAAUAAAACUAAAUAUGUCAAUAUUUGACCUACUGGUAAAUUAUAUUACCAUUAGUGAGCAAGUGCUGUUAUGAAUUGUCAAGAAAACUCCUGGAAAACGAUUUCCUAAAAAGAGUAGUAAGAGGGAACCCUUAAAAAAGAAUGGAACAUACACUGUAGACCAAUUCUAGUUACCAUUGCUGAGAGCUGCUUCUUCUCUUACUCUGUGCUGCUUGCCACAGUAUUGUAAAUCACAGGAACUGUGCUGGAUAAACUUUGCAGUGGUGCCAGUAAAUUACCACAAGCAUUUAUUUUCUGCGUUAUAUACUGGGAAAAACAUGUUGUCAUGUACAUACGUACAUAUCAAUACGUUAUUUCAGUUUGACUCUAAUUUUGACCUUUUUUUUCACUGGAUGCAAUCUAAUGAGACUGAACUGUUUGGAACAAACUGUUUGUUUGGAACAAAGAAAAUGUGAGUAUAGCAUAAAAGAGGUAAAGACUGAGUGGCCCAGGUAAUGGAAUAUCAAAAGUUUGAAGUCAAAGGCAAUUGGUUUUGCUGUUUUGGAUCAAGAGAUUUUGCCCCUUAAUCAAGAGGCUGUGUCAGUUCAACUGACUAAUCACAAAGGUCACAUGGUGCAACUGGAUUCACCUGUGUCUCCAGCCCCAAGACCAGCCACUGACUCAGAUAUGUAGAUGACAGCUGGGUUCAAAUCUAAAUCCAGGAUAUGUAAGCCUUCACAGAUCAGUUCAGCUCACAAACAUCAAGUUUACAUGAAGUCCUUAGACUGGUUUUCUUGGAUUAUGCAGUACACAUCAAAGCGUAUUCACUGGAAACACACUGAUCAGUCCUCAGUAGACGAGAACACAAACUGAGUGUCAUUAUAACUCUUCACCUUUGGGCUGUGGAAUCUAAUAUCUGCUACCCAAACAUCUAGACUUCAAGGCCAAUACAUCCAAGUCCAGUUGCCUUUAAGUCAAUAAUUCCAGAUGAAGUGGGCGUGAUCACAUGUGUGGUUCACCCAAGUACUGCAUUAACCCCAGCUCUCUAUCAGUGGAUUAAUGCCAGUGCCCCUUUUGUUCCAUGUUCAAACAUGUAGUUUUCUCUGUAACUGACCUGCAACUACUGUUUUAUGGAGACCCAAAGUGUUCAGUAUGAAAUAAUUAAGUCAUUAUGAACAUAUUUAUAAAUAAAAAAAUGACUAUUUCAUGUCAACAUUUAUUUUAUGAUCAUGAUUUUAUGAUUAUGAUAUGCCCCCUCACUUUUAAGCUAGAAAGCUCAAUAGCUGCUAAACAAUUGAACCCGUUAGCAUAUUUUAGCUAGAGCAAGGACAAUUUCAAAGUAAUUUUAAAUCAACCAACCAGAGGUUGUAAAUAAACACAAUCCACAUACACAGAAACUAAACCUAUUUAGUGUUUCGCCUUAGCAUAAGGCUGCUCAUACUACCUGCUUAACCGGCUAACUAGCUAGGCCAGCUUGUGUGCUUCAACUAUUAUUCAGCAUCAAAGUGAAGAGCCAGCGUUAGCUAGCUAUGUUGGCUAGAGCAACCACUGUGAAAGUAUUUUUCUCUUCGUGUUUUUGCUCUUCUGUGUCUUUCUCUGAGGAACGUCAGAAUAUCCGAGGUAACUGAAUUUACUCGCUAAUGUUAGCUGUUGCUGUUAACAUUGGCUCUUAACUUAACUUCAGCUCUAUUAAACCAUGCCUAGUUAGUUAGCCAGCAAGCUAGAAGUAUGUGUAACCCUGUUCAGCUAAAUACAUAAAAGGAGAUGGAUGGAGAGUGUCUGUUUAUUGACAGCGACAGCUAGAUAGUUGAUCCAGAAUUACUUUGACGUUGGCAUAGCUGAAAGGUGCUAACUUGCUAAUUCUGCUAGCAGUUGUUGAGCUUGCAUGCAAGGAUGGUGACAUGAAAUAAGAAUGUCAAUAUGAAACAGAUUCAUGAGAUGUGCAAAAAAGCCAUUUUGGAGUAAACAUCAUAAUAUGG